AUGGUCUGGUUCAAGGGGCACAUACCUAGGCAUUCUUUUAUUGGAUGGUUGGCUUUGCAUAGAAGUCUUAAGACAAGGAAAAAACUUCUCCAAUGGGGUUGUAUUGAAGAUGCUCAAUGUUUUCUGUGUAUGGAGACCAUUGAGGAUGAAGAUCAUCUAUUUUGCAGUUGCAGUUUCUCUUCCACUAUUUGGCAAGGUAUCCUUCUUAUACUUGGUUACUAUAGAAAUUGUUCCCUCUCUUGGGAAAAUGAAGUGAAGUGGUGUUGUGAUAAUUUUGGUAGUGGGGGAGCAGUAAAUACCAUCAAGAAACUUGCUUUUAAUAGCUUCAUCUACCAUAUAUGGAAGGAAAGGAAUAAAAGGUUGUUCUCUACCCACUCUAACUCUAUGGAUGUUGUUAGUUUCGAUAUUGUAGCUGAUGUUAGACUGAAAGUGGAAGCUCUUGGGCUAUCUGAUGUUGAUACUGCUACUGUCAAAAGUUUUUUAGAUAGAUGGAAUGUUUCUUGUCAGCUGCUUAAGAAAAAAGUCAUUGCCUGUACCUGA